AUGGCGAACAGCAGUAGAACUUGCAUUUUUGCAAAUGAAAAACCACCAACGAGAUUUGCUGGGGAACAAUACAGGCAGAUCUGCCAAAUGCAAAAUUAUGUUGAUUAUUAUGCCACAUUUUAUGACACUGACAAGAGGAUUCCCCUAUACUCAGCCUACAAGUUUAAAGAGAUCAAGAACUGCACAAGACUAAACAACUGGUACAUUGAACCACAACUUGAUGAUGAUAAUGGAUCACCAAACAUGCAAUUCGAGAAUGAGAAAAUACAAGGACUUGGAGUGCAUCAAGCUCUUGAUGAAGACUACAGGAACUCUGGCUAUGACAGAGGUCAUCUGGCACCAGUCUUCCAGGCAGAGUCACAGAGCUGUGCAGAUGCCACCUUCACUCUCACCAAUGCUGCUCCACAAAACCCCUCUUUUAAUCGAGGUCAGUGGAGGGUACUAGAAAGAAAUAUCACAAUAUUUCUGCAGAGUGAAUGUAAAUUAUAUACUGUUUACAUUGUGACAGGGGUGGUACCAGGUACUAAAAACAUAAGUGAUAGAGUGAAAGUGCCUAGUCAUUUCUGGACUGCAUUCUGCUGCUUAGACAACAAUAAGAAAUGUCAGAUCUCAAGAGGGUUUAUUGGAGUGAAUGAGAACAUUAUUCCCAAAAACGAAACUGUGAAGGAUUUAGAAAAAGAGUUAGAAAACCUUUAUAAAGUCAAAUCUUUUAAAUUGUUUGAUAACUCUACAGAACCCCCAGCAAAGGAAAAGAAAUCCAAAAAAUAA